AGUGUGUGGGUGUGCAGACAGAAAUUAACCUGAGCUGAACAGUCCAGUGCAGGAAAAUAUUAUACAACUUUGCUAAUAGCAUGUCAAGCAAAAAUAGCAGCAGUCAUUAUCAGGGGAGGAUGACUACAACAUGGCAUCAUAUCAUCACCUCCCUAGGUGCCUAAUACGAAGUUGCCUUAGUCCAGGACACAGCCGGCCAGGAUGGCUCUGAUCGAGGGCGUGGGCGAUGAGGUCACUCUUCUCUUUGGAGUUGUGUUCCUCUUGCUCGUCCUGGUCCUGGCCUGGGCCUCUACGCACACGGCUGAGCCGCCUGAUCACCUCGUCCCAUCCGGCUCGAGCUCGGUCCCCUCGGCAGAGCCGGAGAGCCAAGAGCCCCGUCCCCCUAGUGACAUUACUUCUCCAGCUCGCAGCUCAAGGGAAGACGAUAAGACUGAGACGGGAGCCGAGAGUGACGCUGAGGGGCAUGGAGGCAGUGCAGAGGCUGCAGGAGAGGAAAGCCUCUUGGGGGCAGAAGGUCUGAGACACAGAGGCAUCUCGGGACCUUCGCUCAGCACGCAGCCACUAGCCAGUGCUUUAGAUGCCACACAGGCGUCUAUUUCCGAAGACGUGCCCGAUAACGCGCAGAGAAACAUGGUGCUAAGGCUGAAGUUUCUGAAUGACACCGAGAGAAUAGCACAGGUCAACCCUGAGGAUACCAUCGGCUACAUUAAAAGGACCUACUUUGCUGGCCAGGAGCACCAAGUGCGUCUGAUCUACCAGGGCCAGCUCCUCCAGGAUGACGCCCAGACUCUGGCCUCUCUUAACCUCGCUGAUAACUGCGUCCUGCACUGUCACAUCUCACAAAACGCCACACGGGCAAUGCCCGCAGGUGCUCGUGCUGCCGACCAGGUGCAUGUGGCGCUAAACAUCGGGAGCCUGAUGGUCCCUUUGUUCGUGCUCAUGCUCUCCGUGCUGUGGUACUUCCAGUUUCAGUAUCGCCAGUUCUUCACUGCUCCUGCCACCGCCUCUCUCGUGGGCAUUACCAUUUUUUUUAGUUUCGUCGCCUUCGGGGUGUACCGCCGUUGAUCACAAGAGCUUCAUCUGAUUCGUAUACUUAGCCUGAAGACACACACGUACAUUACACACACACAAACAAAAAUACAUAUACAGUACAUACCAGCACCACAGUACAUUGUUUCUGGGAUCUCUGGACUUUCUCGGGUUUGUUGAAGGCUAUGAUUUCAGAAAGGUCUUAUUUUCUUUACUGUAGAUCAGUUACAUCAACAACAAGCUUGUCACACAGUAAUGUGCUCUGUAUUUAAUUUUAUUAGUUUUUUUUGUUUGUUUUUUAAUAAUGCUCAUUAGAAAAGCUCAUCGUGCCUAUCUUGAUUUUUUUUUUUUUUUUUUUUUCCUUCUCCCCCUUGUCAAAGAUUUUGGCUUUGCAGGCAGCCGGUGUGUAGCUGGUGCUUGCUUAUGGGAGGGUUUGGUAGUCACAUGACUGUUCAAACUUUUAGGCAGGUUAAUCUGUCUCUGUCUGUCCGUCUCUCCCUGAUAAGAAGGGAGAGCAGAUGGCGCUGCUGAUGUAUGUCAGGACUAUUGAAGUACUUUGUGUAAAAAAUGGAUUUUGAAACAAAGACAUAAUCUAUUAAAUCAUUCUUUUAUUUAUUGGA